AUGUCCUCACUCACAUCAGUUGGUGUUAAUAAAAACAAAAAGGGCUUUGCACCCAAACUAAGCAAACGUAAAGAUCGAAAAGAGCGUAAACCAACUACUGCGUCCACUUCAGCAAAGGCAGCUACAGAUGAUCCUCUGACAACUGAAGCAGCUGCACCCUCCUUAGAUGAGCCAGCAUCUACACUUACAAGUAAAACUACAGAUAACGAUGCCAUUGCACCACCACCAUCAACAGUAGAAACCCAAAUAGCAGUGAAAGUGCAAUCUACAUCAGUAUUUGUGGAGGAAAUCGCCUCACCCAUUGAUCCCAAAAGCGAAUAUUUGACAGCGGAAGAGAUAGCUAUUAAUGCUGCUGUGUCAAGUCGAAAGAGAAGACGAGUCUCCAAGGAAGAGCCUGACAAUAUGUCACCCUCAUCUCAGUCUCACAGCAUCAAGGAACCCUCGCCAGUGCGUGAAGCUUCUCCUUCAGAAACCACAAACAAGCCAGAUUGCACUUUCGACAAACUUCUCUUGAAAAUUGAAAGCGUGUCAUCAGAUUCUAAAGAAACCUUAGGCCAAGUUGAUGAAGAACCUCAGCAGCUCCACCAAAAGGAUAAUGUUGAAGAGCAUGUGCGUGUCAGAAAGGAAAGCGUCGCUCCUAAAGUGGAUAACAACGUACCCAAGAUGGAUGUUAACGAUGAUAUCGACUACACCGAUUUAUUGGCCAGUGGAGAAGAUGGCGAUGUGGACGUAGAUGGCGAUGUUCCCGUUGAAAGGCUGAUGCCUGUGUAUAUUGAUAUUGGUCAAACAGAUCCUAACGCUACUCCAAUGAAUGGCGGUGAAAGCUCGACAAGACCAGCUACAAAGAGAACAAGUGCAAGAUCAUCUAAAUUGGCUGCAAAUAACAGAUUGAAGGGAACCAGAUAUACAUCGGGAGCAGAAGACGAUGACGAUCAAUACGAAGAGGAAGCAGAAGAACCAGAGCAGCCCAAGAAGAAGAAGAAGAUUAAGCCAUUGAAGCCCAAGGGAAAAGGAAAAGAGAAAGAAAAGUCCAUAGUCAAGGGCAAAUCGAAAACAGGUAGUAAAGGCUCAAAGAAGGCUACUGGAACAGCCAUUUCAAUUGGCAUUGGCAUACCUUCAGCGUCAACAGCCGCACCUAUUACACCCGCUGAAACAGCCGAGACAUCUGCAGAGGAGGAGGAGUAUUCUGAAGAGGACUCAAAUGGCAACAGAGUAGUCAAGACCAGAAAGAAGAAGCGUAGAGGACACAAGAAAUCUCACCGAUUCGAUUAUCGUCUUGUUGAAAAUAUGAGAACCUUGGAUGAUAUCACAAACGACCCUGCACCUGCUGCGAAUCUUGAAAUGCCCAUGUUUAGCUUCACCAAGGAUAUAGAUGGUAUUGUCUCCAAAGUGUUCAAGGAGAUGGAAGUCUUGCGAUCAGAAUCCAGAAAGAAGGACGAGGAAAGAAGCAAAAUGUCAAAGGAGGAAUUGGAAGCAUUGAAACUAAAAGAAGCUGCGGAGGAGCGUAUUGCCAGAGAAAAGAGAGAUGCAGCCAAGGCAAAAGAAGAAGAGAGACGACGAAAAGAACUUGAUGGGCAAGUUUUGGCAGAAUCCUCAAACGCUUUGCAAGUGCGCCUUGUGAAUGGUGAAAUUGUGCUUGAUACCGACUCGCUGGUAGUGGAAAGAACAGAAGGCCAAGUGAAUUACGGCGAUGAUCCCAUGGAAGUGGUUGAAGAAAACUCAAUGACCAGAAAAGUGAACAGCAUGACCUAUGGCAAACGAAAGCAAUCCAAUCGGUGGGACGAGUUCGAAACAGCAUUGUUCUAUGAUUGCCUUUCGCAGUUUGGCACUGAUUUCGAAAUGAUUGCAAACAUGAUGCCUGGCAGAACUCGAAAUCAGAUCAGAAUGAAGUUUAACAGAGAGGAGAGAUUGUGUCCUGAAAAGGUGACUGAAUACAUGAUCUCCAAACGAAAGCCAAUGGAUCUUGAAAAAUACAAGGAGAUGGCAGGCAUUGAGUUAGAGGCAGUACCCGAUGAUUUCCAUGAAAUGCAACUGGCAUGA